AACUAUGUUCUUGUCAUAAAUGUUGUUACGUUUAUUUUUAUUUAAUUAGUGCUUUAUGAUUUGAAUGAAUGAAAUCAGUAUUCAUUUUUCAAAUUAUAUUACAGUGUGUGGUACAAUGUUUAAUGUAAUCAUUACAUAAAAAUACCAUUCUUUGCACAGAAACCUCUUCGAAUUUUUAAUAGAAAUGAAUUCUACAAUUAUUUCCAUAGAAUUAAAGAAUAUUUGUAGAAUAUGUUGUCAAAAAACUACAGAUGGAUUUGAGUUGUUUUGUGAGCAAGAACGCUCUAAAGAUAUUUUAGAAAAAUUAUAUCUUUGUUUUCAUAUUAUUUUCAAUUAUGAAUCACAUUUACCAAAUACUAUUUGUAAAAAUUGUCUCCAUGAACUAAAUAUGGCUUAUAAUUUUAGAUUAAAAUGUAUCACAUUUGAAGAAAGAUUUCAGAUAUAUCUUAAACAGAUAACUCAAAAUAAUGAAAAAUCUACAGACUCAUUAAGCACAAAUAAUUUCAGUAAUCCUAAAAUACAAUUGGAUUUUAAUUCUGCUAACAGUCAAAGGCUUGAUGUUUGUGAUAAUGAUAGUUCAGGUAUCUGUGAUUCAACUAAUAAUUCAAUUCUUGAGACAAUAACAGAUAGGAGUACCACAGUACAAUUUAAAUGUGAAAUUUGUUAUAAAAUUCUCAAAACAAAGUCAUCCUUGUUAAAGCAUAAUAUAUCUAUGCAUCAAAAGAGAAAGCGUUUAGGUAAAGUGACUGGGUUUGGAUCUGGCCGCCGCUACCAUUGCACUUGUUGUUCAUAUUCAACUCCUCACAGCCAAACUCUAGUAAAUCAUAUGAGGAGACAUGAUGGAGAGCGACCAUACCAUUGUGAAUGUGGAAAAAGUUUUACCCAGUCCUCAAGCCUUGCAGCACACCAAAAAACUCACAGUAAUACCACUUAUUUCACAUGUGCUGUUUGUGGAAAGCAAUUUAAGCAUGCUUAUUCACUUAAAAAUCAUUCUCGUGUACAUCAAAGUGGUAACUUGGAAUGCAAAAUCUGUCAAAAAGUGCUGAAAUCGAAGCAGUCAAUGAGAGAUCAUAUGCAUAGACAUUAUAACAUUCGUAACUACAACUGUGAAGAAUGUGGAGAUACAUUUGUUACAUCAUCAGAAUUAUUAAAUCAUAGAAAGACACACAAUUUAGAAAAAAAAAUUGAAUGCCAUUUAUGUGGCUACAAGACACAUACAAAGAAAAAUUUGAUAAUCCAUCUUAAAAGACAUGCUGGUGACAAGAAUUUUAAAUGUGAACUGUGUGAAGUUACAUUCUAUACUAAAGGGGAUCUUCGACGACAUCGGAGAGUUCACACCAGAGAGAAGCCUUUUUCAUGUCCAACUUGUGCACAGAGGUUUACACAUAGUCCUAGCCUCAACAAACACAUGCUCACCGUACAUGGUAUUCAAUAUAAAUGGAGUGAAUUCAAGUGGAAAGGAAAUAAAAGAAUGAAACUUGAUCCCAAAAUAGAAAGUUCAUAAU